GAUGCUGUCCUCUAAGGCCCGAGAGUCGAAAACAGAGCAUCUCUUUACUUGCACCGAGGUUUGUCGACGAAAGCUCUGAUCUGGGGAAUGCUGGAACCACAAGCCUCGACUACGUGACCCUGGAGACUCGGUGAUUCUAGCUGCGGGACAAGAUACUUGCAUUAUCCAUUAUGUCGUACAGGAUUCCAGUCAUCAUGGUGAACAUGUAGUUUGGUGGCGACUCUCGCAUCUACGCUGUCAUAUGAAACCAGCAUCCAAAUAUGGCUAGUUCAAGCUCGAGCAAGUCAUGACCAGACCUUCGUCAUUUCGUUAAAGCCUCUGAGGUUUCCAUGGCUACCCUGGGUCCUGCACCUGACCCAGUGAACGUCCUUCGUGGCCAUCGUUCUCCUGUUACCUGUUUAGCCUUCCAUCCACUCUCUGGCUAUCUCCUCUCCGGAGAUGCCCAAGGUGAAUUGAAGAUAUGGGACGUCGUUCGUCAAAGACAAAUCUCAUCAUCCAGAGUUCACACAUAUACUUCGGGAGUCAUAGGCAUUGGUACCGCACGUCAUUUGGAGAACAGGUUUUUAAGCCAAAGCCGUGAUGGAACUGUGAAAUGUUGGCAGUUAUCGGAUGGAGGCCUGUCAAGGGAUCCGUUGCUAUCUUUCAAUACAGAAUCCUAUCACUUUUGCAAGCUUUCCAUACCAGAGCUUAAAACAGAGGAAGUAGAUACAGAGCGUACUGACGCCGAAGAAGGCUCAAGCGCAGGCGGAGGAAGAACGCUCGUUGCUCUGGUUGGAGAGGACCCAUCCGUGGUUGAGAUAUGGGAUGUUGAUGGCGGAACAAGGGUUGGCCAGUUGAGGCAAAGCAAGAAUCAGAAUGAUACCGCCUCUCAAAAUGGCGGUGGAUCAGCUGCAGGCAUGUGCAUGGCCCUUCAUGCUUUCCAGAAAGAGGCUGGAGGUCAUUUAGAAGUCUUAUCUGGGUAUGAAAAUGGGAGCAUGGCACUCUGGGAUCUUCGUUUCUCAAAUCUGCCCCGCAUAAAUGAGAAGAUCCAUUCCGAACCAGUUUUAAGCAUCAAACUGGAUUCGACAUGUGAAGCUGGGGUCUCCGGAUCAGCUGAUAACAAGCUAGUAAUGUUUUCGCUGGCUCAUAAUGAGAACUCAUUUCGGGUAAAAAGUGAGAUAACUCUGUCACAACCUGGAAUAGCGGAUAUAAGUGUAAGAAACGACAACAAGAUUUUUGCAACUGCUGGUUGGGAUCAUCGGGUUCGAAUCUUCGACUAUCGCAAGCGGAGGCCUCUUGCAGUACUAAAUUAUCAUGCAGCUGGGGUCACAGGAGUUGCCUUUUCCGAGGAUCGAAAGAUGCUUGUGACUUCAUCCGAUGAUUCGACAAUCGCUUUGUGGUCAAUCUAUCCUCCUCCCGAGUUGCUCAAGUUGACCGACAAAUUCCAGUCCGCACUAGCCGUGCGGGACGAGCUUGGGGACCAUCACCAAGUGUUUAAAACUCGGCAGGUCCAGGAUUAGAUCAUUUUCUUGUACUAGCUGACAAUCCUUGUCCUCAAAGCUUCCCUCCAGUUAGUAUGACUCACCAACCAAGAUUCCUGCUGAUGUCCAUGAAACUUCGGUAGGACAUGUUCAGUGAAUAACGAUCAGUUAUAGUUAUGUGAUGUUCUCGUCGAAUGAGGCGAAAUUCGGACCUCACUUUUGUCCAUUGUAGCUUCGAACCCAUAGUAUGCAUUUGAUUUCUUCGAAUCAAAGUGCACUCAUGUUAUGCUCUCCUAGUACUCACCACUAUGUAUGGUCUUAUCAAGAGAC